AUGCUGCUUUCCUCCUCCCACCGCCAAGGGUACUCCAUUCUCCGGCCGCUCAAUCUCAAGCUUUUGUUCUCCUCUCAGACAGCGACAGCUCAGCGCUGCCUCGAACCUUCUUCCGAAAACUUCACAUCAGACCCCAACUCAACUUCCCGAGCACUCUCCGAUCUCAUCUCCUCUGGAAAGUUCCAUGAUGUUCUCUCCCUGCUCAGCCGCAUUCCACCGUCUCCCUCCUUGGUGUUCUUCUGGAACAUUCUCAUCAAAUCAAGCGUCUCGUCUCGAAAUCCGAGAGAAUCCCUUCGCCUCUUUCGCGAGAUGCGGAGGCUCGAGUGGGCCCCUGACGACUUCACUUAUCCCUACACUUUCAAAGCCUGCGGUGAUCUCCCGUCUCUCCUCGCCGGCUCGUCUGUCCACGCGCGGGCUCUUGUCUCGGGUUACACUCACUCCAACGAAAUCCACGGACAUGCAGUGAGGACUUGUCUGAUCGAGGAUGUGUUUGUUGGGAAUGCCGUAAUCGACAUGUAUGCAAAGUGUGAGCUUUUUGACGAGGCUAAGGAUGUCUUUGAACGUAUGCCGGUCAAGGAUGUCGUCUCGUGGAACGCGCUCGUCACGGGAUAUUCACAAGUCGGGAAAUUCGACACUGCUUUGAGAUUAUUCGAGCAGAUGAGAGAAGAAGAGAUUGAACUAAACGUGGUGACAUGGAGUGCCGUGAUUUCGGCUUACGCUCAAAGAGGGCUCGGUUGGGAGGCGCUCGAUGUCUUUCGGGAGAUGGUGGGCUCGGGAUCUGAGCCAAAUGCGGUGACUUUCGUCUCAGUUUUGUCGGCUAGCGCUGCUUGUUGUGGGUUGACUCAGGGGAAAGAGACCCACUGCUUCAUCCUGAAGAGAGCUAUAAUAAAUUCGGACCGAAACGGGCUUCGGGUUGGGGAUGAAAUGAUGGUUAUCAACGGGCUGAUCGACAUGUAUGCCAAGUCUGGGCUGCCGGUAGAUGGGGUGACUUUCGUAGUCGUGCUCUAUGCGUGCAGCCACUCGGGUAUGAUCGAACGCGGGAUGGAAUAUUUUUACCGAAUGGAAAGGGAUUUUCGAGUUUUGCCGGGAGUCGAGCAUUACGCGUGCAUGGUUGACUUAUUGGGCCGGGCGGGUCGACUAGACGAGGCUUUGGAGCUCGUCGAGAAAAUGCCGAUGAAACCGAACCCGAUAGUUUGGGUGGCGCUUCUCAGCGGCUGCAGGCUGCAUAGGAAUGUCGAGCUCGGGGAGCUCGCUGUUAAUCGUCUGCUCGAGUUGAAUUUCGAAAACGACGGGUUGUACACUCUGCUCUCGAACUUGUACGCGAGCGCUAGGAGAUGGAAGGAUGUGGCUAAGGUUCGGUUAUUGAUGAAAAAAUCGGGGAUUCGAAAGAGGCCCGGAUGCAGCUGGGUGCAAGGGAAAAACGGGACGGCGGUUUUUUACGUGGGGGACAAAUCUCACCCGAUGGCUAAUGAGAUUUACUGUUUGCUCGAUGAUUUGAUAAGCCAGGCCAAGAAAAUGGGGUACGUGCCGGAGACUGUUUUUGCGCUUCACGAUGUGGACGAAGAGGAAAAAAGGGAACUUUUGCUUGAGCACAGUGAGAAGUUAGCACUGGCUUAUGGUAUUCUCACGACUACUCCUCGUUUGCCGAUUAGGAUUACAAAGAACUUGCGAGUGUGUGGGGAUUGUCACACGGCGAUUAUGUAUAUUUCGAAGAUUGUAGAGAAUGAGAUUGUGCUGAGGGAUUCGAGCCGUUUUCACCAUUUCAAGAACGGGUCGUGCUCGUGCAAGGGAGUCUUCGAGUCGACUUUUGUUGGUCGAAGGUUCGUCGUCAAGGAGCGUUUUUUCGAAAAAAUGGAUAGGAUCCUUAAAGCUUACAAAAGAUCAUCAAAACAAUGGUCCUCAACCACGAACAAGCUAGCCCAAGCCACAAGUGCGGCGAAGAGGAAGAAAGCGCACGACGAUUGGCUAAACUGA